AUCCACCGCACGGCGCACCGCGCACACCGCACGACACUGUUACAAAAUGGCAGGCGACAAGAUUGUUGAUUGUACACAAAACGGCAACAGCGAGAAAAUAAGCGAGAAUGGUGACUUGAGUCUCAGUCUGAAUCUGGAGGAUGAUUUCGUUGAGUCGAUCGAAUACGUUCCUUGCCCCGAAUUUCAAUUCUCGACAACGGCAUGUUAUAUUUGCAAUGGAUAUUAUGGACCAUGUUUUGAAGAACCAGUCUGUGCGACGUGUCAUGCAUUUCUAUUCCCAAAUGAUGUCGAUCUACUCCAGGUGCCAAUUUUCAGUGAGAAAACGGAUGACGAAGAUUCGGGAAAUGACGAGCCGACUGAUUUAUACUAUAAUCACGAGAGGAGAACUAGUCAGCAGCAGCAAAAUUCUCCGCAGAGCGUCAAUCCUAACAUCCCAAACGCACAGCAGAAUCCACUCAAUCAUAACGCGAACGUUUCGCGCCGUUGUUACGCGCAGCAUCAAAACGCGGCGCCUCAGUGCAAUUAUCACGUGCUCCAGAGCAAUUCGAAUAGCAAUUCCGUUGACAAGUGUGUAGCAGCGUUUGCGCGAAACCGGACGAGGGGCGACUGCGACCAUCUAAACUGCGCCAGUUGGAAUCGAGAUGAAAUCGCACAGGAGAGAAGGAUGAUAGAGGAAAGUUUCCGAAUGCCGGAGAUGUUCGAGCCUAGGUACGACGUCGUGCAGUAUCAUUGGAACUACAGGGCGUACGACAGGGAGGACGCGGGUGAGCCGUCGCGGCCGUACAAUCUGUCGGAGCGGCUGGAGAUACUGUCGAAUCACAAACAUAUUGAGCACGAGCCCAUCAACGAACCGGGUUUAGUGGAAAGAUUGCCGCCCGAGGUGCUGCUCGCCAUCUUCUCGCAUCUCGACGACAUCAGUCUGUGGUCGGCAGCGAAUGUCUGUCGACGAUGGUGCGGCCUACUGUCGACGCACGUCACGCAGCUGCAAUGGAAACAGCAUGUGAAAUUACGCUGGCCUCUGUACAAACCCAUCGGCUGCAUCAAGAAUUGGUACAAGGUGUACGAUUAUCUGGCCUCCUCGGCACCAUGUCGGACAUGCUUGGCGCAGACCUCUCUGCGAUCAGAAUGGAGGCCGCCCAGAAUGGAGGAGAAUUCUUGGCGGAGAAACAGGUUACGUAGCGAGCUCAAAAGCUUGAGGAUUGAUCCACCGGAAGGCAUUGAGGCGAUGCCUCUCGAUCAUAUGUGCUGCCAUUGGCAAGCCACUAUCACGGGACCAGUGGGAAGUCCGUACGAGGGAGGAUUGUUUUAUCUAUAUCUACAAGUACCGUUUAGUUAUCCUAUGUGCCCGCCUGUAGUGAGAUUUCUAACGAAAAUACUUCACCCGAACGUAUCGAGGCACGGAGACGUUGGUAUUGACUCGAUACAUCACAAUUGGUCGCUAGCUCUCACGAUAUCUAAAGUUCUUAUCAGUGUACAAAGUCUGCUUACGGAUCCGUACUGUCAAGUUUGUAUGGAACCAGAACUAGGAGAGAUGUACAUGAACGAUCGCGAGAAGUUCGAAGAAGUAGCGAGGGCGUGGACGUGGAGGUAUGCAAUGCACGAUGUCAUAACGCCGCUCUAGUGCACCGGAAUGUAUAAAUCGCGAUUAAUCCGGUGUAAUUAAUGUAUACCUAGAUACUAAUUAGUAGACCGUAGAUAUCACAUAAGCGUAUUUAAUAAAUUGAUAAUGAUUUGUGAUACAUUGUGCUAAAAAAAAAAAAACGAACAGAUCUACUGAAAACGACUGUGUAUUUAUAGGAAAUAUUGUUAAUCAUGAUCAUGUAUUAGCGAGAUCAAAUUCGAACCUUUUUUACCCCAAAGUUCAUUACAAAAUGUAUACAUUAAUAUUCUUAAUGUUGUUAUUUCAAUCGUUGCAAUUCCUAUAAAAUAAUCAUCAAUUAAAGGAUUCCUUGGAAAAAUAUUGUAUCCAAUAUUUUUUAAAUUUUACAGGAAAUAAUAAAAAUGUUAGCCAAUGCA